AUGUCGUCCUUGCUAAAUGGCCACCUGCGCCAGUUCCCAGUGUUCGUCGAGGCUGCGACGGUGCUGCACGAAAUGCAGCGGGACACGACCUCGAUCACGAGCUUCCCCAAGGUAUACACAGUUCCUCGUCAACCGCCGUGGCCGGCUCAUCUACAGGGAGUCAAGCUCAACACAUCCCAAGUUCGCAUGCAUUACAAGAAUGGCAACCUUCACCCUGACACAGUGGCCGGUCUCCAAGCCGUCAACUUUGUCUUUGACGUGAAUCAAGUCAAGUGGUCCCAGAAACUGCUGGCGCUAUCCACUUACAAGGCCAUCUACGGGGAUCUAUGUGUUCCCCAGGAGUUCAGCGUGCCCGCCCAUGACCCCCGAUGGCCCAAAGACCUGUGGGACAUGCGGCUUGGAUUGGCAGUGCGCAGCCUCCGCCAGAAAACCAAGCCCUCGUCCGACCGGUACUUGUUUCUGUCAGACAUGGGAUUUGUCUGGAAUAUUCUGGACUUGAGCUGGGACACCAAAGUGGCCGCUCUCGUCACAUACAAGCAACUGUACGGCGAUUUACUGGUUGCGUACAGCUUUAAAGUGCCCACCCAAGACGGCAACUGGCCCAAGAACACGUGGGGGCUCAAGCUAGGCCAUGCCGUCCACAACAUCCGCCAGAACGGCCUCGACAUGUCGACCGAGAGGCGGCGGCAGCUGCUGGCGCUUGGGUUUGUGUGGGACCACUUGGAGAUGAGUUGGGACGUGAAAAUCCUCGCCCUCCAAACGUACCGCUCGUUGUUCACGUCGUUGAACGUCCCGUAUGGGUUUAUUGUACCGGGGGAGUCCCCGUUGUGGCCACGGGCGACGUGGCACAUGAAGCUCGGCCAUGCUGUCCACAACAUUCGUCAAAACGUGCAGGAGAUGCCCACCCCUCGCAAAGCUCAGCUCAACGACAUGGGGUUCGUGUGGUAUUCGUUGCCGUUGCCGUGGGAAAUGAAACUGCUGGCAUUACAGCGAUACCACCAAGUGUAUGGCGACUUGAACGUCCCCGUGACCUUUCGUGUCCCCGACGGUGACGACAGCGCGUGGCCCAAGAAGACGUGGUACAUUCGCCUCGCGGACGUUGUGCACGAUCUGCGUUGCCAUCGCGAGAAUUUGAACCCCGCCCAAGUUGGUCAAUUGGACACGCUGGGGUUCCCCUUCCAUGACGACGACCCAGGACCAGCGCAAGUGGAAUUGGUGUCGAUUUGCGAUGGAUUUCCCCUCAUGAAGAGGAUCAAAAUAGAGGGUCCCAUGUCUUAAUACACGUUGUAGUCGUU